CUACUUAAUUCUUAUCUCUUUCUCUUUUUAACAGUCCAACUUUCGACUCACGGCCCGAUGGGAAAAUGGGAAAUUGGAAAAACUCCGGCAGCUUCCGCCGUGUUCAUCCUCACUUGAACGGAACCGCGGCCCUCGCGUUUCCCAGGCCGGACCUCGGAUCGAGGUUAACAACAUCGCUAUAAUUCUAUUUACAAAUCCUCCUCCUAAUUCCGAUACAAGUCCGCGGAGAGAGAAAAUCACGACCGUCCGUCUACAGCUCUGCACGUGGUUUUUACCUGUCGGCCAUCUAAUAAUACCCAACGCUCCUCAACGCCUCAUUUGUUAUGGACUUCGACCAUAAGAAAUACGGCGAAGACCAACUCUGAUUCUCCUUUAAUUUGUGCCAAAACCUCAACGCCAUUAAGGUAGUGAGCACCGUCAGGAAAGGAGGAAUUGUUGUUGAUACGAGGGAAUGGUCCGGGCUCCGGGGAGAUAGGAUGAGUGCACUAUGAUGAGCAGUGAUAACAGCUGGCGGGAGGGAUACGUACGUAUUGGUUCGGUACGCGUGCGUGUACGGCAAGAGGAUGGCCGAGUGGGAGAGGGCGAAUGUUGCUGCGGAGGGCCGUGGAGUUCUCGUCUACCGGCCGCCAAGAAUAACUCGGGCAGUAGUCUCGGAGUGCCAAGCCGACGCGGACCCGCAUCUUUCAUACCAGCAGCCCUGGACAGGCUCCCGAAUUUCCACUUGGGCCCUGCCCCAAACAAAAAGAAAACGAGAAGCUCGGACAAAUCGGACCGCCUCAGGGAACUGACCGAGAGGCUCAAGGGACCCGGCGAGCAGAAAGUACCCGUCGAGGACUUCGACCUGAAGCUCACCUUGCAAAAGCCGGAAGAACGGACUAUCGUCGGCUCCUACAUCCAGAGGACGAUACCGUUCCGAAGCGCGUCGUUCUCUCAAGUCGAUUUCUCACCGACCGACGGUAAAUACAACAUCAGAAACGCGAGGAACAUCGCGCUAGCGAACAAAGCCGGUGCCUCGCUCAGCCUCCCUAGGAAGAAAACCUCAUCCGAGAAAUCUCCAGUCAGUCCCAGCACUUCGUUGCCGUUGGGUUCUGGCGCGUCGAUCGAUUCUGCAGUCGGAUCUCAAGAGUGGUCCCUUCCAAAAUCGGAAAAACCACCCGAAUGUAAACAAAACCGAUCUUUGACUCACCCCCUGAGCUGGAAGGACUCAGCUCCUGCUGACGCCCUCUCUUACGGCUCCGUCGACGGGAACGGGUUGAAAGGGCUAGGCUGCGGAGAUCGGACCCUGCGAGGGGUGAAAGAAGAAAGCGACACCGACAGCGCUGCCGCCACGAGCGAAACGCUCUCCCAGCCCGUCUCGCCACCGCCGGAUCAUUGGUUUGAUCCCGUGCCCAAUAUAACCAGCAUCACGCCAAGUACACAAAACCCUAGCUCAGAGCCUACAGUCUAUCACUUGACGCCGACCGACAUUCUUGCGGAACCGGAGGAAACGGGCGAGGAAUUUUUGAAGGACAUCAUCGAAGAAGAAACGAAUUCGGAAGGCGUUCUGGUCGAGAGUGCGUCGAAAAAGAACAACACUUCUCUGAACCGGACAUGUUCGCUCAACUCGACGUUUUCCGAAGCGGACAACAAAAACGAGAAAGGAGUGCGGAGUGAGAGGAGUUGGACCGUAGGCGAGUGCGUGAGACGUUUGGGAGAAUGGGCUUCUAGCGCGCAAGAAGAGCCUCAGAGCCCGGAAGAGACCAGUAUACGACUUAUGUGGCCGAAGCCCGGGGAACGCAAAUGGGCGGAUAGACCGAAAUUAAUCUGCCAGAGUUCAGAAGAGAAAGAAGAAGAAAGAGGGUCCCCGAGACGUUUUCCGAUACUGAACAGGAACGAUUCCCUCUCUGAAGGGGAAAGUGACAACGGGUGCAGGACGACCCCGAACAGGAAUUCGCCCUCCCUAUUUGCUCCUUCAGACCUCUCGGACGGCGAAAACAAAUUGACGAACCAGACCAGGAGUCCUCAACCACCCAGGAGAUAUUCGAAGAAGCCGAUACGAGGGCCAUACGGACAGAUGCUCGAGGCGGAGAUGAAAAAGCCGGAAACGCGAAAAUUCACGAUACAUCACGACGACCUGAAGUUUUUGGAAGAGUUCGGCCAGCCCAGCAAGCCAGUCAGGCAGAGGACCAUGGACGACAGCCACUUGAAAAGGAGUUACACGUCCCCAGAGCCGUCUGAUUCCGUUAAAUCCGGUUCGAAAAGGAAAGUCAACGAAAAUGUGCCGUUCGGGGGAAAUAAACCGGAAGUGCACCAUCAAAGGACGACGUCCAGCCCUUCCCAGCUCGAAGGAUGUUCUAAAGACAAAGGACCUCAGCCGUCUCAUCAGCUCCUGGCCCAACUACUCAAGGGAAGCUCCGAACGAAGUCUAAUCGACUCGAAUCCUCUACAUCAGCUGACCAACAGCCCAUCAUAUUGGAAGGACACCAGGACGCUGGUGGUAGUGGAAUUAUACGAAACUGAGCGUUCCUAUGUUGAAUCACUGCAAACUCUAGUCUUGAAAUAUUUGCAGCCACUGAAAUGUCCUGACAAUACGAUAAUAGAUGUUGGUAUAGUAGAUGAAAUUUUUUAUCAGAUUCCAGAAAUUCUUGCUCAUCAUGAAGCGUUUUUGGAAGAGCUAAGAAAACGUUUAGAAAACUGGGAUCUCAGUCAAAAAGUUGGGGAUGUUUUCCUAGAUACUUUCACCAAACAGUCUGUGAUAGAAUCUUAUACUAAUUUUAUUAAUAAUUGGGAAAAUGCCAAAGAGGCCAUUAAAACAAAUAGCCAAUCGAAGCCUGCCUUUGCCAGAUUCCUUGAGACAAUGGCAAGGGAGCAUAAAGGUAAACUGGCUUUAGAUUCACUUUUAAUAAUGCCUGUUCAAAGAAUUCCUCGAUACGAAUUGCUUAUUCAGACAUUAUUAAAACACACUGAACCAUCACAUGGUGAUGCAAGCAUAUUAGUUAAUGCACAACAGGCUAUUCAUGAGCUAGCCGUGACUAUUAAUCUCGGUCAGCAUAAAACUCUCAAUCCGAGGACGUCUAACUGUCAAGAGUUGUCAUUGUUGGAAUCGAUAAUUGAAGGCUUAGCUGGCCUGAGCACUCCAGAAAGAACAUUCCUUUGCCACGACCAAGUCAGUAUUACAACAUCUCAGGGUAGAAAAGAUCGAGCUCUCUUCCUUUUCAACGACCUUCUGGUAAUAACAAGUAUCAAACGAAGAAGUGGUACAAUAAGAAAAACGCCUCAAAGUAUGCCUGGCAGUGUAGUUAACACGUUAGAAGGGAAUAAAUUUAAAUUAUUAAUGAAAAUACCUUUAGAUGAUCUAGAAAUAGUCAAAGAUGACACUGUUAGAAAAAUGCUUAAAGAAAUGGAGCAGCUCAAUUCAGACGUCUCUACCCUAUCGCAGAUGGCAGAACUUGUAACCACACUCCAUUGCCCGCAUUCACAGCUCGAGGAAAAUGUUAGAGAAAUGCUUUCUGCCUUGAACAAGCAGCUGACUGAAAGGCAUGCAGCAGACUCGCAAUUAUCAUAUUUGGAAUUGACCAUUAAUACACACAGUGGGAUGGAAAACAUAGCGUUGAUAUUUUCCAAACCGGAGAAAAGGACGAUAUGGGAAGAAACAUUCAACGGAGCAAAGCAAAGGCUAGCUCUCACUGGCGAGAGACGAGCCAUGCCAGAACUCGUAUCAGCAGUGCCGAUUAGAAAGACACGCGCCGGUCUUCAAUUCACCUGUGCGGCGCCCACUCAUGGUCCAGGGCCCAGGGACGUUUGGGUUUGCAACAGUGACGGCUAUGUCGGCCAAGUCUGCAUUCUGUCCUUACACCCCGAGCCCACAGUGACUUCUUGCAAUGGUGUUUGCAAUGCCAGGAUACUCUGUAUAGCCCCCGUCCCAGGGCUUUCAAAUGAGAGUACUUCAUGCAUCAAUUGUAACAGUGGUAUAAGCAUUUCUGUCGAAGAUGCCGAUAAAUCUCCAAACAUCCACCUUGAUAGCAGUAGUUCAUCGAGCGAGGAUGAAGAAAGAGAAGAUGAAAAUGAACCCCAGGUCAGCGAAGAUACGCUCACAGGAACAAUGUGGCUCGGUACUGAAGAUGGUUACAUACAUGUGUAUAACUGCACAGAUAACAUACGGACAAAGAAAAACAAAGUGAAAAUACAACACAAUGCUUCUGUUCAAAACAUAAUAUAUUUGGAAAACAUGGUUUUUGUUGCUUUGGCAAAUGGAGAUGUUACAGUUUACUUCCGGGAAGCUAAUGGAAAUUGGAACACAAGUGAUCCUGUCGUAGUCUCAGUUGGUUCGACUACAGUACCUGUUAAAAAAAUGACUCCAAUCAAUGGACGACUUUGGUGCAGCUGCAGUACAUCGAUAAAAAUACUAAAUAUAUCAUCUCUGACAGUCGAGCAUUCUUUUGUUGUAAGCGGAGAAAGCAAUAGGAGUGUUACUUCGAUAACCGUUUCAGGAUUGUCUGUCUGGAUAUCCCUUCACAACUCAUCUACGAUUCGGCUUUUCCAUGCAGCGAGUUACGAGUGGCUUGGAGAAAUUAACGUAGCUCCAGCCGUAACAAAAAUGCUGGCCAGUUCUGAUGAUAUUAUAAGGCAGCAUAAAUCUGCAUGCCUGCGUAUCACUGCUCUUUUAGCGUGCAAGGAUUUGCUCUGGAUCGGAACGAGUGCAGGAGUGCUUCUUACGAUGCCGCUACCUCAUGUAACCCCAACAACUACUAAACUGACUACCAUUCCCAAUGUCUCCGGCGUCCCUCAUGGUCACACCGGUCAUGUUAGGUUUUUAACUACAAUAGAUAUGUCACUCAGCUCUGUGGCUGAUCACAAAAAAAAGUCGUCUUUCCACAAAAAGCAAGAUUCAAGCAAGCUUCUAGUCAUAUCGGGUGGCGACGGUUACGAAGAUUUUCGAUCAACGGGCAUUUCAGAAGUCGCCGGACGGGAGGAUUCAACUAACCAUUUACUUCUUUGGCAUGUUUAAUAUAAUGGAUUUUUGUGUAUUUUAUAUUUAAAUGUAUAUAUAAAUAAUUAAUUUAUAUGUUGUAUAAAUUGU